AUGGGAAAUAUUGAAGAGCACAGGGAGGUUGAGAACAAUGGGCAGAAAGAGAAGGGAUUUGAUGAGCAAAGGGAAGUCUACAGACAAAGGGUUGUUUGGCAGAACCUUCUCAUAUGUGUCAUCCUUUUUUACACUGUGUACUACGUGGUUCUGGGCAUGUGCUAUGUGAUGCUCAAGGUGUAUGAGUUGGAUGUCCUGGCACCAUUUGAUUUCAAAACAAAUCCUUCAUGGCUCAACACAAAUUAUAAAGUUCUUUUAGUCUCAACAGAGGUCACCUACUUUGUUUGUGGAUUACUUUUCGUUCUGGUAGUGGAAGAGUGGGUUUGGGAUUAUGGUAUUUCAGUAACUAUUCUUCAUGUUGCCAUCACUUCAACUGUUAUGCUGGAAUUCCCCUUGACGUCACACUGGUGGGCUGCCUUAGGAUUCGGCUUAAUUUCAAUGAUAUGCGGAGGCCAGACUUUAGCAUACUGUUUGUUCAAAGAUAAUUUUAUCUAUCCAGAUCUGGAUGAUUUCUAA